GCACAAGAACAUCAACUAACAGUCGAAAUAGAAGUAGAAAACGUUUCAAGGUAUUAUUUACACAGAUUUUAUGAAUUUAAAAUCAAAUUAUUAUAAUGUUUUGUUAAAAUCACUAAUAAAAAUUCAUGUUUCAAUCUUUUUAAGAGACAAGCAAUUAUUAGAAAUGUUAAUUUUGAUAUUUACUAGAAGCUAUAGUAGUUGGGUUAAAUAUUUCAAUUUCUCAGUAAACUUAAUCCCUAUAUCAGCUUUUCAGAGGUUUUUUUGUAAAUUAACUUUUUAUUUUCUUCUUUUUCUAAAACUUUUAGAUAAAAUACAACAAUAAUAACAUUGUAGGCCUGUAAUUACAGUAUUAUUUACAUUGAUUAGCGACUUGAUUCUUCAAACUACAAUUUGCAGGUGACAUAGUGUCAUGUCAAACUCGUGGUGUGUUCUCGAUAACGCUUUGGAUUCGAAUACUGAUAGUUCUUCUUACGAAAAACUUGAAAUAUCCGAUGAUAGCAAUGAUAAUGAUAGAAAUGAUCAAGUAGAAAGAGAUCAGGCCAGCGAUGAAACAGAUUCGGAUAUUGUUUGCUUGGAUGCUCCUUCUGAUUCUUCGAGAGACGUUAAUUGUUUCUCUUCAUCAUCAACGACCUCAUCUUUUGCAAUGAUAAAUUUUCGCUUUGACGCUCCACCACCAAGAACUACUUACAUGAGGAGAAGAAUAGUUAAUCCUAUCAAUAACAUCGAAUCCGAUGAUGACCUUCCAAGCGACGUAGAUGAUCGUUGCGAGAGUGACAUAUCAGGAGUGGCUACAUCGGAAGACGAAGAGGCCAGACCGCACGAAAUUGUUUUCGUUGGGGAAAAGAGAAGGAUUUAUAAGCAUUUCCCAAAUUCUACGUUGAAUACAAUUUUAACGCAUAUUGCGCUUGCCGCCCUCUUUACUGCUAUGGGAACAGGCAUUGGACACUGGAUCGGAUCAGCAGCCUGUAUCAAACUCAGGUCAGAGAGGUUAGUUCAACUGAAGAAUCUGCAAGAUGAUUUACUCCUUUGCUUUCACGAGCAAAAACGUUUGGACAGUCAGGUUUUAAAAUCUAAAGACAUUGCUGCAUUAUGGAGAGACGCCUAUGAAGAAUUAUUAGUGGAACGUUCAAAUAAAAGACGAACAAAACAAGACGCGGAGUUAGACGUUCUAAAAAAUCGCGUUCAAACCCUUGAAAAGGAAAAGGAUAACUUUAAGAUAAAAGCUAACGAGCUAGAAAUUGAUAAUUCGGAACUUCGUAACAUUGUUGGUAAAAUGCGCUAUUCACCUCCUUUUAUCAAAAAUUCCAAUGAUUCGGAUAUUGAGGAUGUAAAAGCUGAAACAAUUCAUGAUUUUAAACAAGAAGAGACCGGUGAAAGUAUUAAUCGGCAGCGACACAUAUGGAGAAACCAUAAAGCUCCGAUACCAUCCUCAUCUUCCAAAUUUGAAGAAAAAUUUGUUAGAUAUCCAAAACACAGUUCCAGUAAAGAUGGAGUAAAACUCCAUCAAAACAUUGAUUUAGAACGAGUUUUAGACGAGUUGACAGAUGUCACGGCUCCAGCCGAUGUGCGAAGAAUUGCUACAAAAGCCAAAAGAUUGCUUAUUAGAAUAGAUAAACUGUCAGAACUGGGCGAUGAGGACGAAGAUGAACUAAAUGAUAUUGCUGAUGAGAUGGAAAAUUUAUUCGAGGAGGCUGAUGAUGGAGAUGAAGAGCCUAGAAGAGUCUUAGCUUGGUUAUCGUGCCAAAAACGUUGGUGGUUUUCAAGGUUGCGUUAUAACGAAAGACGACCUUGGGAAUCCUGCUUGGAGAACCUCAAUGCGCUUUUAAGAAAAAAGCCAGAUCCCAAAUCUCGGACAAAGGAAGAGGGAUUAUUCAACUCGGAGCAGGACGUCACCAAUUGGAUGCUGAAAAGAGCACAAUUUAGAGGUGAUGCUAGAAUUGGUAUAGAAUCGCAUUGGUCCUUUCUUCGAGCCGUGGGUAGAUCCUAUCUUCGGGAGCUCAAUUAG